UUUUCUGUAUCGAGACUGCACACCCUGUGUCUUCCCUCUCGUGCCACUACAGCCGUAAUCUGGCAGUGCAUUUAACCACUUUGUGAAAUAGCCGUAUAUCUCGCCACUGUGACGUAGCAUUCGAUACGUCGGACACGGGUGGACGGAGGCGGCUGUGUAAGCAGGAGAAAGCGAACUGCGAGAAAAGGGGAGAGGCGGGGAGGUGGGAGAGAACGAGAGAGACGAACCAUGCCAGGGGGUUAAAUACACGGGGUGUCUCGAGGAACAAGGAAGAGUAUGAUUGAUUCGUUACACCUAUGUGCCUGGAAUUUUCAACGAUUUUUAAAAUCUUCAAGAGCUGCAUGCUACAUCAAGUACUCAGAACCAUACUAUUCGUAUCGAGAUCCGCUCAACUAUGACAUAGUAAACUCUGCAUGCGUACUCAGAGGAAAUUCAGAGUCGAUUUUCUCGAGAACCAAGCCUCAGUUCCAUAUUUUCGACUUCUUAUGUGCGAUCCACGGUUGUAAUAGUGGGACACCCUGUAUCUACUGGUAGAUAUGGAAAAUCGUGCGCGCGCCAGCACGCCCUUGCGCCCCCGCUUUUAGGGGUGGAAAGCGCCGACUCGGAGGCGGGGUAGCUUGCAUCCCCCCGAUGGUAGGGAAACGAUCCCUACCACGUCGUUCUAGCCGGUCGGGAAAGCGCACGAGCUGUCUGGAGCGGCGGGGGUGUCCGAGGGGUGAUUUCACGUUUUACCAGGAGGCGAGGGGCGAUGGGUCGAACGGCAGACACGAGAAGGACAGACGCUACGUAGGUCGUAGAGGGACGGAGGCGUAAAGAGCGCUGGGAAUCACAGUAGUAGUGUGUAUGUAAACCUCCCCCGUCGUAUAUAGUCUGUCCGGAGUGGAAGAAGGGUGCGCCCUACUUCGGCGUCGACGUUUUCCCUCCUGGCAGUGUGCAACGGCGCGGCGGCGUAUCGGAAGAAGAACGGAGAAAGCGAGCCAGAGGCUGUCUCUACCGUUCGGCGCCGGGGUUUUCGCGGUGUCUCGCAUUUCACGACGAGCAUCCGCGCGACCGACGCUCCGAGUGUUUCGCGAGUGUUCGAAUGUCGGAUUUCGGUGGAUUGAAACACGAGGAAAAGGAGAGGCGGGUGGAAGGCGGCGGGGUGGAGGAACGAAAUCAGUGAAGAUCGGUCCGGCAACGCCUCGGGUCAUACAUAGAGCGUCGAGUGCGAGGAACGAGGGUGAAACCCGUGGAGGAUGGUGGUGGUCUAGUUUUCGGCAGUAUUAUAUUCGGUGGCCGCGUGUCGUGCGCGUCGUUUCAACCCCCCAGUGCCGCGAGCUGCCAUUACAUGGGUCUUGUUAUCGUUCUCGGCGCCAGUUUCUCUCGCGAGAUGUUCACGCGUUGAUCGACGCGUUUACGUAAGGACAACGGACCGCGCGACGGUGUAUGCUCGCUCGUACGUGCUCGUAUGUAUCUCAAUGUGCGCGCGCGCGCGUGACCAGCACCAAGAAACACGGGAAGGCCAGCCGCGGAAGGAGGCGGCGGCGGUUUUCGUCAAUUCGCGAGUUCACCGAAAAUAGCAGACCCAGCCAGCGACUACCUGCGAGUCUUUUCGUUGUCAGAGGAAUCGGGAGGAUUCACGAAUGGAUAGGCCGAGGUCGUUUAAUCUGGACCCCCUCGUUUGCAUAAUUAGUGCACUGAAACAGAGAGAAGGGUUCGUGGAAACUUUAUUACAAAGGCCGAACGUUCGAUAGACGAGGUGACGAAGGAUUGAAUAAUAUUCAAUGAAGAAAACGACGGGAUUCCACGGGAGAUGAAAAUGCCCGCUGCUUAUUGACGCGCUCCCAUCGAGCAACACCGAAUACCAACACUCGACAAUAAUAAACGCAUCCGUCAUGAAAAUCUCCGCGUUCCUCCUCGUGAUGACGUUGCUCAACAUAGCGACCAGCGACAAGUGCGCCGACGAGUGUUCCUGCAAGUGGAAGAGCGGAAAGCGUACGGUGGAGUGCGUGAACCGCGGCCUGACCAGCAUACCUGAGUGGGUCGAUCCGGAGACGCAGGUGCUCGACACGAGCAGCAACGCGAUCCGCAUACUGCCGAGUAACAUCUUUGUACGCGUACGCUUGACGAAUCUGCAGCGUCUCUACCUACGCGAGUGCCGUAUCGAGCGAAUCGAUAACGAGGCACUGGCGGGCCUUACGAACCUGGUGGAGCUCGAUCUGAGCCACAAUCUUCUAACCAUGGUGCCCAGUGCCAGCUUCGUCGACACGCCGUUCCUCAGGGACCUCGUGCUCUCGAGCAACCCCCUCAAGAGGGUCCACUCGCACGCGUUCAAGAGCACGCCGAAUCUGGUCAAGCUGGAUAUCUCUCACACGCAGCUGAUCGAGAUCGAGGAGAAAGGUUUCAAGGGGCUCGAUCUCCUCGAGAGCUUGAAGUUGAACAACAACCAAUUGUCCACCUUCCAUCCGGGCACGUUCGAUCCUCUGAACAAGCUCACGAGCAUAGAGCUACAUGACAACCCGUGGGUCUGCGACUGCCACUUGCGAGAGAUGAAGAUGUGGCUAGUGAAGCAUAACCUGCCGACUCUGCAAGCGCCAAUUUGCCACGGGCCGAAGCAGUUGCUGAAUCGAACGUUCGCCGAGCUGGGCAUCGACGACUUUGCUUGUCGGCCGAUUCUUCUGAUAGCCAGCCGCUACGCGGAGGCAACGAUAGGCGAGAACGCGAGCAUUGUAUGUAGGGUGAGCUCGAUACCGCCAGCGAACGUGAAGUGGUACUGGAAUGGAAGAUUGCUCACUAACCACUCGGCGUUCAGUAGCUAUCAGAAGAUUCUGAUCUUUGAAGAAGGUCAGUUCCGGAAGAGAAGCACUUUGGUGCUGACCAACGCUCAAGAAGCAGACUCCAGCGAGUUCUACUGUGUCGCUGAGAACCGCGCCGGUAGCGUCGAGGCCAAUUUUACUCUUCACGUGUCCCUAAGAACCGCUGGCAUGUCGACCCUCGGUUCCGGUCAGAUCGCCGGCAUAUCAGCCGCCCUGGUCGUUCUGAUUCUCUUCAUACUCUUAAUUAUCCUCGUGCUGUUCAUCCGUUUACGAAGGAUGCCGUUAAAGGACAUGAAGUCAGCAGUGCCAGCGGAAGGAGCGUCCACCGACAGCACGGGUGGCAAUAACGAGAACUCCUCCACGAGUAUUGCUCGUAGAAAACAUGAAGAGAUCGAGACAACGUCGUUCGGCGUCGAGUCCAAGCCACCUCCUGUGUCCUUAAACUUGAGCUACGUCCAGCGACCUCAGCCAGGCCUGCAGCCACAAAACGAAUACGGUUCCAUCAGCCGCUUCGACGAUCAAAACCAGCAGGCAUCUAUGAUGGUCGCGCCUGGUGCUUGUUUCUCAUCCACGACGUCGUUAAUGCCGAUCGACAAUCCCGAUUUGAUCAGGGACACGCGUCGCGGCUCGGCGGAGGACAUUACGCCGUAUGGCGGCGCCGAUUAUGGUCGGAUGGAGGUAGUAGACGACGCGAAGAUCCUCUACUCAAGUUGCAUGUGGGAAACUAGCGAAGAAUGCAGAACAUCGGUACCGGUAAACGCGUACACCUCGAAGGAAGCGUUAGCCGUGGUCGCGCCUAUGGUCGAGCAGUUCCCGCCGGGUGCGAAACAGAUCAGAGUCUGGCAGAAGGGUGUACCGGUACUGCCGCCGGUCUCGGCGUUGAAACGCGUCCUAGGAUCGACGCGCAGCUCGCCUGACGAGGGUUAUCAGGAAGGGACCGGGACCGAUGUCUAGGUACCGCUGCUUCAUUACUGCGACGCCCGGCACCGUUACCUGGAGCUCCGUAGACGCCAUCAGGAAGACACCGACUGCUGAGAGAGAGAAAGCGAGGGAGAGAGACAUAUAGACGUCUGUCCUGUCCAGUGCCGGACGAGCGGUAGUGAAAUGGAAAACGGUCGAUUUACUCAGACAGAAUAUAAGUAAUAACUUGAGCAAAAGUAACAAUGGACUCUAGCCGCGGUUUAAAGCGGACGUCGACCCCCGUUCGCGUCUAUACGCGCGCGUUAACACGGUAAACGUAUAUAUGGAACGAGAAAGAGUGAUCGAUGAAACGGUUCGAGAUGCAUUCCGUAUAUAUACACACACGUAGGAGGGGAAGUCGUUGCAGGCGACCUGCUGGAAACGUGCAUACACCUCCUCGCGAGAUUUACGUCGGCCCGUACAUAUGAAAUAGUUGGAGGUGUCGCCGUGACUAAUGCACCGAACGGACGAACGUGAGCCGGACGAUACGUCGAGAAUCCGCUCGUAGGGACAAUAACGUCGAUACCACUCGACGAAUUUAAUUACGAUUACUUUUCGUUCUCCUGUUCUCGCGUGUGCGUGUGGCGUGUCUGUGUUCGUGAUCGUUGCCCGACGAUCGAGACCUGAGGACGGGGAGUUUCGUGGGUGAUCAGCACAAUAUUGACGGGUAAUACUUUCUAUUAAGAACUAUCAAGGGGCUGAAGCUUGAAACGGAGAGAUGGAGAGCGGCUGGAGUGCGCAUGCCAGAGUGAAAGAGGAAAAAAUAUGAAAGGGUAUCACGUUUAAAUGUUCUAAACGGUAUAUUCAUAUUAAAUCGAGGAGACUGCAUGUUCCAAAGGAUGUGGAGAUGAAAAUAGAGUUAGAAUUUCUAUUGCUGUGUGUGUGUGUGUGUUGGGCUGUAUUGAGGACACGUGUUUAGUCAAUUUCCAGGAUGAAAGGAAUUAUAAUUGAUUCGUUCGUAUAGCAAUUUGUCGAUUGGAGUCGUUUUUAAAUCAGAAAUGCAUUCACUCGUAUGUUGCAGUUAAAGGGUUGAUUUAGUAAAUGGCUGGCAACCACAGUGGGGGCUUUCUUCGUAAUUAGAUCUACAGAUUUUAUGCAUUUAUAGGAAAUGACGUGCAAGUACAUAUCGGAUGACACUUUCAAAUAUCAUUCGAACAUAUCGUACUAUCUGAUCAUAUCGUGUCAUCCAAACCUGACUUAUUAAAAUCGUUACAUUAUUUAUUACUUGUGUAAUUUGAUAUGAACAUCCUCGAACAUUCAUUUUGUUGGCAGUUCUACUACGUACAUCGACAGUACGCGUAUACAUUUACCAAGUUGCACGCUUUGACUGUGACAUCUACGGGAGAUCGAGCGUCGAAUCGAUCGGUUAGACUCAGGAUAACGAACGAUACGCAGGACAUACGAGAGAGAGAGAGAGAGAGAGAGAGCCGAUAUUGUCACAUCGGAUGGUUUUUGACGUCCGCGUUCGAGGACGAAAAUUCACGGGGACGAUAGACCGUGAAAUAUUACGUCGGAUACGCUUCUGGACUCGCCGUCGCAAUCCUCUUCACGGCUAAACGGAUUUCCGUGCGCGUUAAGAACCGUUCUAAAAUCGUUAGAAUGAUAAACCGCGUUUUCGAGGAAUAUUAAAUCUGACGUACGAAUAGCAGACACCGAGAAAAUCCGAGUUAAUUUUUUAAACCGAGGAGGAGAAGCGGCUGCGAUUUCCAGACGUGUUUCCUUUCUUGUUAUUUAAUUUCAACUACUCCGGAGCCGAUGGAAUCAAUUACAUGAGACUGUAUAGUAAGCACGGGUAGCCCGUGAUCCAAUCGCAAGCGAACACAUACAAUUGCUCAAGCUAAGAAAGACUAAAAAACGAUCUGCGCUUGCCAUUGGUUGACCGGCUCAAGCCUCGCGUUAGUGUCUUACGUAAGUGAGUCUGUGGCACGUUGAUUGAUACAAAAGACACUUGAGCGGACCGUAACACCGACUGCGAAUUAUAUUCAUCGGUUUUAUCUGCACGUGUGUGCAUGUGUCGCGUGUUCACGCGAGUGUUCGCCUAUAUCGGGAAUCGUGUCUUGAGAGCCCCGUGCCUGGAUAUAUACGUAUGGGCGUGUGUGAUACGAUACGAGUGUAUAUGACUUUAACGUGCGACUGUGUUCCUGUUCCCUGUGUGUGACCCUCGUAGAAGGGGAUGGAGUGGCUCGAGGGUGAGACAGUGUGCAGUGAGGCAGUGUACAGUGUCUGCAAUUCCUACCGAUUGGUUUAUCUGUCAUUCAGCCCGGCUGCUUUUCUUUGCUCAAUGAUCCCGGAAACGCGCGACAGCUUCGUGAUUGAUAAGGUAACAAUAAGAGAGAAAAUGAAGAAGAAUGUACGGUUGCCUCGAGGCGCAGGAGGCCAAGGGUGCUUCUGAGCGAUAGGUUUUGACCAGUUCGAUUGUUUCAUUUUAUUUAUUUAUUAAGGGGGCUUUUUAUAGAAGCGUUUUAUAUUUUUUAUGAAAAUCGCUUAAAUUUUAUUUAUUUAUUCAAGGGGCUAGAAGAACCUAGGAAGCGCCUUUUUAUAAAAGCCUUCUAUGUCCUUACUAAACAUAAUUUCUUACAAUUGAUAUCCUGCAACUUUAAUUUUGCAUAGAAUUCCUCAGACCUACUGAAACUAAUGAGUAGGCCAAAAAUCGCAGUACACGUAACUAACUAUUUAUGUUCCCUUCGUAUACUAGAUUUUCAUGUCAAAUAUCUCAUUUUCCAUAAAAUACUGUUAAUCACUUUAGACAGCUUAAUCUCUUAACGCCUUUCGUGCAAAAAAAGCUUACAACCUUGAGUUUACACACAUAUAAUUAUACUAUUCUACUAUAUUUAGUUUGCUAUUUUAUAUGCGACUCGCGUGCUUAUCUACCAAGCCAGAAAUGUUAUAACUUAAUCGGUUUUAAUUGAAACCAACAGGAAUUUUAAAAAUAUGUGAUCCAAUCGGAAUUUAUUUAAAAAUGUUCAUUUACGCUGGCGUUAAUUCUGUUCCCAUAUUUCGCGCGGAUCGAUAAUGCAAGCUGAAGAACGCGCGAGAGACGUUCUCCCAGUCAUUUUAUUUGAGGUUCCACCAGGUCUAUUGGUUGUUUCCGAAUCUCGAUAAUCGCGAAAAACGGGAACGCGUCCAAUGAAAUUCACGUUCCUUUCGCCAGUGAUCGAUUUUCGUGCCGCGUCAAAUCGUAACACAAAACAUUCGUUCAUUCUUUCACCAACCGAAAAUCGUCGAAGAAAACGGAUGAAUCACACCGCGGUUCUUCCGGCGAAAAUGCACCGUUAAUGUCGCACUCUGAAUAAUUUACGCCUGUCUCCUCGCUGCCGUUUACAGCGGGCCGGGAACGGGCGAGUUUAAUGUUGAAAUUUUGCGGUUACCUUGCUCCGGAAUUGUUCGCUUCUCUGCUACGUCAUUGUGUCCGCCUUAACUCUUUCUUUCCUCGAAUUAUUUCACGUUAAAUGCUACGCCAGAUAUGACGAGAAUAAUUCCUAUUUCAUACUAGAAAGAGUGACGUCAUUUGAAAGAACGAUAAUAACAAUUUGGAAAUCUGCUUAUAGACACAGCAGUUUGAUAAAAUUAGAACAAUUGCCAAUUGAUUUCUUAUGACAAUUAAUGAAGAUUCUUCUAUCACGGUAAUAAUGAUUGAUCAAGCUCGUUCGCUGUUCACUAGUCAUUCUCUCGUAUAAUCACAUGAAAAUUUACUAGUCAAUGAAUAAACCAUUUCAUUAUGCUACGCCAGGUGUAACGCAAAUAAUUUCCAUUUCAUACUAGAAUGCGUUGCCAUAAUUUAGAUAAAAUAAUAAUAAAAAUCUGGAAAUUGCUAUUCAUAGACACAGCGGUCUAGAGCGGUAUAGGAGCUGGCAAUUGAUCUCGUGUAUCGAUCAAUGAAGAAUCUCCUACCAUGGAGACUAGUAAUGAUUAAAUAUUGGUUACUCGUGGAUAUAGCAAUCUGAUAAAAUUAUAGAAACUGGCAAUUGCCAGUUGAAGGAGAUCAAUUGAUCUCCUAUGUGAUUAAUGAAGAUUCCCCUAUCACAUCGAGGCUAAUAAUGAUUAAUCAAGCUCGUUCGCCAGUCACCCCUUCAAUAUAAUCAUAUGAAAAUCUACUAGAGUCAAUGAAUAAACCAUGCGAACGUUACAACGGCAUCGAUCAGGCCCCGUUCUGUUGCAUUAAUAAAACAUAUUCGAGAUUUCCUAAUUGCAUAUCGAUGACAAUUUCGCACGCGAUCGGGAAUCAUAAUACGCAGGUUGAUUCCUCGUCUUUUAUCGAUCCCCGAGGCUUUCGUUUCCGAGCCCUCCACGUGCCGCGUUUGCGCGGAACCCGACGUUCGGGUUAAUUAAUCGUAAAAUAACGAGCCGCGUAAGCCGGCGACGACGAAUAUAAUGAACGGCCGAAUUUAAUAGAUAGGCUGAUUAAUGGCCGGGUCAGGCGUGCCCGCAAUAUUUCCCAAAGUUGAAACACGGAUCAUGCGAAAUGAGAAUGACACGGUUCGCUAAUUUCCACGUCAGGCUUUUUUCGCGGGCUAAAAAGUCAACGUCGAAACGCGUCACAAUGUGUCCCAGUCUACGCGUAUUCCGGUCCAUAUGACGCGAGACAAUACCGUUUCUCUAUUCAUCAUCUCCUUUCUCGCAUAUCGUAACGACGAUAUUCAAUAGGCAUUUUUGUCUUGCUUCUUUCCUUCUCAAUGGAAUUUUGCUUCGGUAGAUCGAAAUCGUAAAAACCGGGGUUAAAAUAUGCAGGGCUGAAAGACGGUUUCGCGAGAGAAUACGUUCGGGACGUGGGUGAAUGUCGUUCUUUCUCUGCUUAUAGAAGUCUAUAACACAACGCCAGCGUUUAAUGAACAUUUGUGAAUACAAGUCUCCUCGUGUCAUCCUGGCUGAUGUCGUGAUAUUAUUUGAAGCACACAAAGGCUCAGAAGUAAAAGCCUUGAGAUUCUCUUCUAUGAUUAAGUCUCGUAUUGAGUCUAAUUCCACUUGAUGAAUCGAGUCUGAACAAAAUCUUGAAUAUCCUAACCAGCGGGAGUUAUAUAGGUUCCUAUUCUCCAUUUUGAAGAUAUUUCUUGAACCUGUCUGUCGUAACCAUGCUUCUAUUUCUUCGUAAUAUCAGCUAAUAGCACCUAUAAUCCUGACCCCAUGACCAUGCUAAUAACUAAUAUCAAUUUCUAAAUUCUUUCAAAGAAACAAUUCAGCGCAUGACAAACGAGAUUGCCGCGUGCAGUACAAAAAUGUGACUCUAAAUAAAAGGACGUUAAGCGUAUUAUUCGGACAAAUGUAACAUAGCUAGUGCAAUACGUCUGAAUAGCAGUACAGGAAACGCUUGUUGAUUAAAUUUAUUGAAUUUACGUUUCGGCCAAGUCGCCUGCGUCUGGUCUAGUCGUAGCCAAGGAAUGAAUAAAGCACAUAAAGAGACGUCAGGCAAUUAAGGUUGCCGCUAUUGCAAACUGCUCGGUGUACACAGGAUUUGCUUAAUUACUUCACUUAAUUACUUUGUAUUGCUGUUCCAAUGCCGGGGUGCCGGUAUCCUCGCUUUUAAGGUACACGGCCAACGUCUUCACAAACAACGGCUAAUGUACAUAAUGUAAUAUUAUACGUUUGUAUAUAGAACCACCCCUCGCCGUCGCCUUCCGCUCAACAUUAAUUGUACGGCGCGACUGUCAUAAGGAGUUCUGUUAAAACUUUUCGAAUUUCGUUACGAAUAACUAGACAGUUAGAUUAAUUACUUUCAUGUAGGACUUACAAGAAUUUUCAUUUCCACUCGUGUUCUUAAUUUACAUCUUUCAAGAAUUUGUUCCUUUAAAAACUGACGUCUGUCUUAUUGUUCAUCUUCUCGCUUCAUGUGCAAAAAUAAUUUUGCAUUGUCCUUCGCUUUGCGCUCUUCCUGGAUGUAUUUGUGGAGUCUUAGGCUAGCCAAAAAUUAGUGUAGACCCAAUCGUCUCUUUUGAGAAUUUAUAAUCGCGAGGUCAUCUUGUUUCACAGGCAAAAGUAAUUUUGAUGGUACUUUAAUGUAUUCUUUCUUUUCGUGUCUCAGACUGGUCAAAAAUUAGUAACCAAUAAUUCGUUUAAGAAUUGACAAUGAGGAACCAUUGAGCAAUUGGGAAAAAGCUGAGCGUGAUUUACUUAGUAAUUCAUCUUCAGAGUGUCUUGAAAUUUUUAACAGAAAUUCAUAAAUUGUAUUGAAUGUAUCACCUUUCAUAAAGGUGAUAUAAGUAUCGAUUUUAAAUUUGACGAAGAUGAAUAAAUCCUGAAAUCUGCAGACGUGAAAAUGGGCAGAAACAGUGAAAUCUGUGAAUGUGUUCUUGAUAUACACGCAGGGUGUACAUAGGGCGAGUAUGGAUGGAUAAGAGGGGAACCCGGUGGAAUGUUAACGAUAAAAGAAUAGACCGGGGACGUAGCCGCAAUGAAAGUAACAUAUGACCGUAACGUACGAUAACACUGUCACGCACACUCGACAAUUCCAUACGUGUUCUUAAUGCCUCUCGAACGUUUGUUCAACACGUCUGAUAAGCCUGUUGAAUUAACUUUUGUUUCCGCAUCGUUUGAUUUCUUGCGGAGCACUCGUAGUCAGUUUAUUCUGGGGACGUAUGAGCGUUCGAACGAAAUCUUAGAGUCCUCGAAACUUUGUGAACUCUAAGGCCCCAUUUAUGAAUAAAACGUGCAAUCGAAUUACUAUAUUGAUAAGUUCGGCCGUGCGAUACAUUGGUUAUUAAUAUGUGAUACACAAUUUCUGUGACGAUCGAGUGAUCGUGUAACGAGAGAACAAGACUUUUCGGCUACUCGCGUGACGUAUUCUUGGCUUCAAACACUCUCCCCGUGUCGUGUCACUUCGUUCUUAUCGAUCGAUCGAGUAUCUCUCGGUAAGGGAAUGUUAAUCUUCCUCGUUACUUAACGAUCGUCUGCCUAACGACAACGACCGUUUCAGCGGACACCUCGAACACGCAACGCGUAAAAAAUUAUCCUUCGCGUUCUACCAUCUCCUUUCCCAGUUCUCACUUUCGUUAAUCCGAAAUCAAGUGCUCGAGAUUCGAAGUGUCGAAGAAAUAAUAAGUAAUCGAGUAUCGUACAAUUUUUUAUCAGAUCGAAUCUCAGAUUAAAAUCUACCUGUGUCGUAUCUCCGUACCGUGUCAUCGUUGCAUCUGUGUCAGCGAGAGUGACACGAUACGGUGAUUCGACACAGGUUGAUAUUCGAUUAAUCUUAUGAUUGGUCUUUAGAUUAAAAGCCCGUUUACUUGUGUCGUACCUCCGUAUCGUAUCAUCGUUACAUGUGCAUCAGCGAAAGUAUGACGCAAGUUGAUAGUUGAAUUCCUUAAUGAAAUUGACCUUUUACCCGAGUAAAUAGAUUCAUUUUUAAAAAUGAUUUCUCACACUGCCACAGGUUUUUAAAACCUGAAGAACCAUAAAAUAAAGUAGAGAAAGAAAUGGGAUAUGAAUUCUAUUUGAAGCAUCAAGAAAAACUUGUGCCUCCUAUCUCAUUUCUAGAAUUAUUCAAACCCUUGACUCCUACCAGGACUUCCAGUCCGCGCAUAUCAGACAUCGGCAUGCAUAUCGAAUACAUAUUCCUUCAUUCACAAGUAUUAGGAUUCUUCAUUUAUUCAAAUCUGUGACCAUUUAUCAUUAGACUGUAGAUUUUAUGCAAUUAUAUAAAAUCCAAUUUUGUAUGAAUAAUAAUAGAAAGUCAAAUCUAAAGGAGGCCAUCUAAAUGUCUAUUCUGUUUUUGACUAAGGUAUUUAAGAGGCUUCCUUUAGCUCAGACAUCCUAUAUAGGACAAUUCAGAAUAUCAAAAUCUGAAUGUUUAAAUCAAACAAACGUUUACGUCAAAUCUUCUCUAAAUCAAUAAUUAUUUUAUAUUACGUCCAUAACAAAUAUUUUAUUCUGCGUAAAGAUCUGCAGUCUAUUUAUCAUAAUCGAAGACAAUAAGGAUAUUAGAACGUUUGUAUCACUAAAUCUAGCAUAUAUGAAUUCCCUCGUCGUGUCAUCGGAAUCACACUUUCAAAUGUUGGCGUUACUAGCAUAAUUUUCCUAAUACUUGCGAAUGUCGGUGUGUAUAAAAUGUGAGUGAAUUAACAAAGGCUAAGAGACGGUGCAGUUGUCCAAUUAAUGAAGAAAAGCGGGCAGGGAAGAAGGAACGUGUGAAACAAAUAAAGAGAGUGUAAAAAAAGUGUAGUGGUUGUGUGUACGUGUGUGUGUGUGUGUGUGUGUAUAUGUAUACGCGUACCUCGCGGAAGAGGCACGGGAAUAUCCUACUUUUUAAAUGUUUAAAUGGUGAACUCUAAACAAGAAAUGUUGUAAAGAGCGAGCGAGCGAGAUGAAAGGCGGAAAAAGGAGCACGACGAGAUGGGGGGAAACCAGUCUUAAGAGAUGUUAACGAUGUACAAAUGUGUAAUUUAGUGUUGCAAGGGAAAUCCGUCUACGGCGCGGUAUAACAUGAUAGAGGAAGAUACUAAACAAACCAUGUGGAAAGCAAAAAAAAUUCAUAUUAACUUUUAUUUUACGAGAAGAUGAACGCGCAUACAGGUGAACCUUUUUAGAGAACCUAGGCGUAUCUAUAUUUCCAUGAUUACACAUUUUUUGAACGUAUACAUGAUAAAUAGAGAAGCGAGUGAGUGUCGGACUGCGUGCUAUACGAGCGUGGAAAGAGAGAGAGAGAGAGAGAGAGAGAGAGAGAGAGAGAGAGGAAUUAGGGUGUGAAUAUCAUCUAUCACAUUCUCGCACGUACCGUACAUCAUGUGCUAUUGAACGACAGUUGUCGAAAUAAAAUUUUUUUCGAUCAAAUCAUCA